AUGGUAUAAUUUUAAAGUUUUUAAUACUAAAAAAGGAGAGAAAGUUAGAUUCAACAUUCAAAAUUUCACUAAAAAGAGAUCUUUGGUUUGAAGCCUUUUGUAAAAUCAAAAGAGGCUUAAGAGAGAAAAAAGAUAGAAUGGCAUUAGUCUGGAACUAAUAUACAAUACUAAGAAAGGCGAAUUUUAAAAUACGAUUAUAAAAUAAGCAGAAAGACUUACUAUAUUCUAUCCUUUGAGUAUUAGUUUGAAUACGAUGACGAUGAAGUCUAAUUUGCUUAAAUUCAGCCUUAUACAUACAGUUAUUUGAUCAAUAUGCUGAAGCCUGUAAUCUAUAAUUAAUUAAAUGAUGAUUGUAAAAAUUCUUAUUUAUAAGAAUCUACUAUUUGCAAAUCGCUUAGCGGAAUACCUGUAUAAAUGCUAAGUAUAACUGACUACUUAGACUAAAGUUUGAAUCUAAGUUUGAGGAAAGUAGUUGUAAUUAUUGCUCGUAUGCAUCCUGGAGAGGCUCCAGGUUCUUGGAUGUGUCAUGGACUAAUAGAAAGUUUGUUAAGUUAAAAUGCAGAAAUUUAAUAAAUAAGAAAGAAGGUUAUAUUUAAAGUGAUCCCAAUGAUGAAUCCCGAUGGAGUAAUUAUUGGUAACUAUAGAACAGGAUUAGCAGGUCUUGAUUUAAAUAGAUAAUUUGGAGAUAAUAAUUUAACAGGUGUCACAAACUAGCUUUUUCCAUCUGUAUAAGCAUUAAAGAAUUUAAUUAGAGAUUUGAAAGAAUAAUAUGGAAAAAAUAUGCUUGGUUUAAUUGAUCUUCAUGGCCAUUCAGUUAAGAAGAAUAUAUUUACAUUUGGGCCUUAUUAUCCUCCUACAGAUUUUCGAUAUUAUAGAUCAAAAUUUAUCCCUAAAUUAUUAGAAAAAGUUUCAUAAUACUUUAGAUUUUACUCUUGUAUUUAUAAUUCAUAAAAAGCUAAUAAAUCUACAGCUAGAGUUUCCUUUUUAAACAAAUAUAAUUUAGAAAUUUGUUAUACCAUAGAAGGAACAUUUGGACUAUAUUACAAUUCAGAAACUAAAUCUACUGAAUACAUGAAUACAGUAGAUUGGAUUAAUUUUGGAAAGUAGCUCCCUCUUGCAUUAAAAUAAUAUAUAGAAAUGAUGGAGACUUAUAAUGUUAUAAAAGAAGCAUAAGAUUAAAAGACUUAACAAGAAAGAAAUGCAUCUCCCUUGAAAAGGAAUAAUAACUUAUCGCCUAUUAGAAUUAACUCUAUAACUAAAAUAAAACAAUUUUAAACAUCAAGAGAUAUUUCAGAAUAAGGCGACUUUAUUCCAUUUGACGAAAGUUAGGUUUACAAUCUCGGAGGCUUACUAAAAGAGAUAUAAAACGAUGAGUUAAAAAUAAAUAACUAAUCUGAUUAAUAGGAAGAAGCUGAUAGUUCUGAUUAAUAUUCAGAUAAUUUGGCUGAUUCAGAACCUUCUGAUGAAGAUAUUCCAAGCAUAUAAAGAAGCAAACUCUUUUAGAAUAUAGACAAUUAUUAAAAGAAUUUCAUGAAAUUCAUCACUGGAAAGAAAAAAAAAGAGUAAUUAAUUAUUUAAGGAGGAGAAGAGAAGAGAGAUAAAAUAAUCACUCAUAAGUUAAAGAGAUCAGCAAUUAGUGAAGAUACUAGAGAAUAAGAAGCUUAAAAGAAAAAGAAAAAAAGUAAAAAGAAGAAGAAAGACUAGUCCCUCGUUCUAUAGAAAGAAGAUUUAAUUAUGAAGGAUAAUAGCGAUAUAUAAAAAUCAAUGAAAAGAUUAGAUAACAUAAGAUAAAGCUAAAAAAAGUUAAAUCUUUAAAAUGAUUUAAAAUUUUCUGAAUUAUCUUCUAUUGGAUAAUAUUAGAGAUCUCUACCCUAUAUUGAAGAUGAAAACUAUGAAGAAAGUGCAUAAAAUAUGUUUUUAGCAGACUUAAAGAAAAAGAAAAAGGCUAGAAUAAAGCUAAGGAUAUCUUAAAAUAAUUCAAUGAUAGAAAGCUAAAAUGAUAGUAUAAGUUACAAUCCUGGAUAAAAUAUUAGAAGUUCAUACUUGGAUGACGAAGAUGAGUAAAUUGAUCAAUAUAAAAUAAUGCAUCUAAGCAGAAAAUAUCAAAGUAAUUAGAGUCCAGAUUAACUCAAAAAUAAAAGUUCACCUUUUAGGAAACAAGAUAACGAUUAAUUAUAUUAUUAAUAUCCAGACUAAUAAAAUUAAAAUGAGAUAGAUUUUAAUAAUUAAGCAAUGUUUUAUUAGUUAAAAAAUAAUUUACCCCAUUAUUAUAAAAGAAUACCAAAAAAUAGAGUUCCUUUAAAGUUAAAUAUAAUCUGUGAUAAGUUUCAAACAGGUUCAUAAAAAUAGCCAUAGUAAUAACAAUAAUAAUAGUAAAAAUAAUAAUAGUAAUAACUUUAAAAUUCUUUUUAAUAGGAAUAAUAAAUGCAAAAGCAGCCUUUAUAUGGUGCUGAAUAACCUAGAAAUUAUUAUAAUUUAAAUAUAAACCAUAACACUCCUAAACCUUAAAAUCUAAAUAACACAUCUACAAACAUUAAUUAUGAAUAUUAAAAUCCUCCAUCUCCUAUUUACAAUUAGAGAGUACACGAAAAUUUAUAUAAUUAAAUUAUUUAAAGUGCAAUAAAAGGAAAUAUAACUCAUAAAAGUGAGAAUAAAUAAAAUUAAUUUAAUAGUGAAACCAGCAGUCCAAAUAAACCACCAAUAUCAAUUAAUGAACUCAAAUUACCAAUAAUUUAAAAUAAGCAUACUCGAGCAUUUUCGAACAACUAAAAUAAUAUGUCCAAUAGAAAUAGUAAAACAAUUAACAUAUAUUAAAUGCCGAUUAUGGAGUAAGCAGGGGUGGACAAAAUUGAUUUUGAUAUGUUUAAAAAAGAAAUUAUGAGAUUCAAGCGUGGUUCUCAUUUGUCUAAGCCUUAGUAACCAGAAUCUAAAAUAAUUUCUUCUCAUAACACUUAUUCUGUUUCACCUAACUAGCAUAGAGCUUCUUCUCAAAACAUUUAAUAAUAAUCAUAAAUAAUACCAUAAUUUCCUUAAUUUUUAAACUGA